AAAAAUUUAGUAUAUCGGUCCGCACUCUUAUAGACUGGUCCAAAAUGUGGCACGUGAUCUCCAUCCAAAAAUGCUGUUACGCGGAGAUUAAUGGCUAACACUAUUUAUUUUAAAAUAUAAUAUAAAAUUAUGUAGAAAUUAUUAGAUUAUGGGCCUUAAUCUCUAAAGUCUAAAGAGAUUAUCGUAUGAUUUAUUUUUCUAUUAUAUUCAUUGUCAGAUCGAGGCCGGCUAAAAUAAACAAGGGUAAACAUUUUUAUAAUUAUUACUCUCUAUAUGAUUAAUAAUCAUCGUGAUAGCUGUUGGCAGAUCUGAAAGCUGUCAUAUUGUUCUCAGAUGCAAUAUGUAGAACUUGCAACUUUUUAUUUUAUGAACUUGCAAAUAUGGGUUUAUCAUUCAUCUUGAAACGAUUUUUUGAUGGUUUAAACAAUUUUAUUUCGUAUUUUUACUGUUAAGCUCAAAACUUAACACAACGUUAUUUAUUUCGAAAACAGUGGAUUUUUAGUGUUAAAUUGUCGGUAAAGUCAAAUUUUACUUUAUAACAAUGUAACUCGAAUGACUAUUUAGAUUUCUUGUGUACGGUUUUGACUUUGAGUGUUCGAUUAUUUAUUGUACAAUCUCGAUACAACCUGAUAGAAAAAAAUCUCGAUACAACCAUACAGAUCAUAGUGGAGCUGGAUACAGCUAAGCCACUGUAUAAUUUAGAACAUCAAUUAGUUUUUUUUUGUUGCUAAGAUAGAACAUUAAUUAGUUGCUUCUUAUAUUUAUCAACUUCAUGCAGGAAUGUGACUUGAGAGCCUCAUAACACAUUAAUCAUAACCAAAGCUGCCAAGAAAUGGAUGCUAAAAAUAAUCUAAGCCCUAUAUGUCGUCUCUCUCAUCCGACUAACCCUCACACCCUCUCUUCUCGAACCAUUGAAGACAAACCUAAGUCUGUUUGUUUUGUGUGUUGCAGAAAAUUGUUUACGUGGAGAGAUGAUUUUUAUUUCUGCUGCACCACCUGUGAUGUGGAGUUUCACAUAAAUUGUUACAUGCAACCAAAGAAGCUCAUACACCCGUAUCAUCUUCAACACCCUCUCGUUUUCAUAGAUAAAAAUAAUAAAACCCAAACUGAUAAAUGCUCUUGGUGUGGUUCAAACAUCACCAGCUUUUACUAUCGUUGUCCCAUUUGUAGCUUUUGUCUGGAUAUUUCUUGCUCCUCAAACUUCCCCUCUCUUACUAUGUCAGAUCCUAAAAGCCAUCACCAUUCUCUCUCUCUUUUUCCACGUCCCCUAUUAGUCCCAUGUGAUGCUUGUGGGUUGAUCAAUCAAUCGGAUCCAAGCUACGUUUGUUUUCAGUGCAGUUACAUUGUCCAUGAAUCUUGCAUCAACUUACCACGAGUUAUUAAGAUCACACGUCAUCAGCAUCGUCUUUCAUAUACUCCGUUCCUCUCCCAUGCAAUUUGGUCAUGCCGGAUAUGCCACAAGACUGUUGACAACAAGUAUGCUCAGUAUUCAUGCAACCAUGAAGGUUGUUCUUAUGUAGCUCACUCGAAAUGUGCGACUCAUUUAGAAGUGUGGAACGAGAAAGAACUUGAAUGGGAGCCUGAAGAACCAGACGAUAGUGAAAACGUUGCACCAUUCAAGAAGAUCGGUGUUGGUUUGAUAGAACAUUUUUGUCAUGAACAUCAUCUAAGACUAGAGAAGUACAAAGAUCAUGCGGACAAGACAUGUCAGGCGUGUGUUCUUCCUAUUGACUCACGUGACUUCUACAAUUGUAUGCAAUGUGAUUUUUCUCUCCACGAGGUAUGUGCCAACCUUCCUCGAAAAUUGGACCAUGCUUUGCAUAAACAUUCGCUUAUCUUAGACACGUCUCAAGAAAUUUAUGAUGACGUGAUAUGUUCAGUUUGUCUUCGAAAGUUCAGUGGUUUCUGGUACAAGUGCAUAGAAAACGAUUGCGUUUGUAUGUUUAGCGGUGUAUAUCGAAUAGAUGUUCGAUGUAUUUCUCUUCCUGAUUAUUUCACCCAUAAAAGUCACAAACAUCCCUUAUGUUUGCCCAUAUGUGAGCUCCGUCGCAACAAGGUCAAAUGCAACGCUUGUGAGAAAGGUGGUUGGCCAUCUCAUCUGCAUUGUACCACAUGCGACUUCGAUUUGUGUUAUCAAUGCGCUACAUAUCCUAGCGAGGUACGCUACAAACACGAUGAGCAUCCUCUCACUCUUUGCUAUGGUGAAACCGUGGAUGCCAAGUAUUGGUGUGAGAUUUGUGAGAAAGAACUAGAUUCAACAAAAUGGUUCUACACAUGCAACAAAUGUUGUGUCACUGUACACCUCGAUUGCAUGUUUGGGUUCUUUGUUCGUAUGAAGCCUGGUUUCACAUUCGGUUACAAUGGUCUAAUGGUGAGAGUUCUUGGAAACACUAGCAGCACUCGGCCUAUUUGUGAUGGAUGUGAGCAGCGUUGCCCGGCUCAUGUGUACUACAAAGUCUACUGGCGCAGGUAUAAGCUUGCUUCAUGUUCUUUAGAUUGUCUAAAUCAAGUACUUAAAGGAAGGAUUGGCAAACAAGAGCUUUUUCCUUAACAUGAUCAAAGUCUUUGGCGCAGAUUUGGAUUCCUUUGUUUUACAUUUGCCCCCUUUUAGUCUUUCUUUAUUUAUAUUACCAGUUAGUAGAACAAUGGUUUUUCAUUACGAGUUGUGAUUGUAGAUCUUGAAAUGUUAAUAUAGAUCUUGCAAUCUUGUACUCCUCUUCUCUUUUGAUGAUAUUGCUUUUGAAGACUCUUCUCCUUUUUGUUGGACUUUAAUUAAUUAAAGGAAGCAAAGUUUCAGACAAAACGUUUCGGUUAUGAGUCAACAUAUGUGUUGAUUAAAAAGCACCGCUUGGGUUAAAGUAUACGUUGAUUAAAGGUACCAUUUGAGUCAUUAUAUAAAGUGAUCAAGUGCAAUACGAGAAAGAAAGAGAAGAAGAAAAGAAGAAAGAAGAUUGCUGAAAAUCAAUUGGAUUUAAUCUUCUUCUUUCCCAUAACAAAUUUCUGAAAGAAAACUCAAAGUAAAGUUUGGUAGAGUUUCAGUACGGGUGUGUUGUACGGAGAUCGGUAGUUGUAUCCUCAAGAUAUAUGCCUACGUAACUACACACACCAUUGUAGGGGAUAAAUUCUGUCUUAGGAGAUUGAUUAGGCAAGCCUCUAUCAAACCACAAACGGUUAAGUUGUGAGAAGAAGAAACAUAAUCAUCUCGUAGCUUUUUAUAAGGGUUUUUAAAAUCAAGUAAGAUUUAUAAGAGUUUAUAAACUCAAACAUAUUGAGUAUAUAAAAUUAAUUUGCAUCUGUAUUUUAAAUAACAAUCUAAGACAUAAAUUUCCUUUGUUCUUUUAAAAGAAUCAAGAUGGAUCAAUCUACUGCAAUUGUGAAAUGUCACAUAGAGAAGCCUUUUGUUUUCCGAGGAGUGGAUUUCAAAAUAUGGCAACAAAAGAUGUUGUUUUAUUUCAUGACACUGAAUCUGGCACAGUGUUUGACUUCCAAAGGACCAGAGUUACCUGUAGAAGGUGAUAUUCCUGAUGAAAUCGUUAAAGCUUCAGAGGCAUGGACGCAAAACGAGUUUUUGUGCAAUAAAUAUAUAUUCUUAACGCUUUGGACGAUUCUCUCUACGAUGUUUAUCAUAUAUUCCAAACUUCAAAACAGUUGUGGGAAUCAUUAGAGAAGAAAUACAAGUCUGAAGUUGCAAGCGGUAAGACGUUCAUUGUGAGAAAAUUCUUAAACUUUAAGAUGAGUGACACUGUUUCUGUGGUGAAACAAGUGGAAGAAAUUCUAAUAAGUCAUUGUUCAUGAAAGAUAUGGGAUUGGCUGUUAUAAUUCUUGAAAUUAGAGUUAAACAAGAGUCAGAUGGUACAUUAUUCACUUACUCAAUCUCAUUAUGGGUAAAAGAAAAAACAAUUACAAUGGCAAGUCAAGACGUAUAGACGUGGACAUGCAUGACAAUUGCUUUCCAAUGGGGUGAUAGCAUUGGAUUACAUUAGAUCAAAGAAUAACUUGGUUGAUACUUUGACCAAAAGCCUAUCUAAAACCAAGUUGUUUUCAUUUCGAGGGGAAUGAGUCUCAAGCCAACAUAAUGAAUCAUCACUUGAUGGAAACCUAACCUAGCAACAUUGGAGAUUACAUGCUCUAGGUUCAAUAGGCAAACUAGUUGGGGAAGACUCAAGACGUUUUACACAUUUCUCAUUCCUAUGAAAUAAUAAUGUGUAUCUAUUGAUGAUUAAGGGUUGAAUAAUUUAUUCUUAAAAAUGUUAGUAUCUUUUGUAGAAGAGAGAUAGAAUGGACUAUCUUUAACUAACGUUACCUAUAUGGGAGUGGUUUCUGGUCGCACCUAUGAGAAUUGAUAUGGCUAAAUUCUCUAGAGCUCUCACGAAGUCAGGAUAUGUUCAGGAGCAAAAUGAACACAACUGUAUAAACUAGAAAUUUGCUGAUGAGAUAUGUGUUUCAAUUAUUGUCUUGGUUUACUAUAAAAUGUGGUUAAUUUAAGACUGUAGUUCAUUACCCACAAAGUAAAUCCGAUAAGUUGUUACUAGUAAAUGUUCAAGUCCAAAAGACACAUUUUCUAUGCAUCUUUGAAUUUUGAUUUAUUUUCUAUUCAAAUGUAGGGGUAUUGUUGAGUUUGAAUAGAAAAUGUGGGGGUACUGUUGGACUUUACCUAAUUAAAGGAAGCAACGUUUCAGACAAAACGUUUCGGUUAUGAGUCAACAUAUGUGUUGAUUAAAAGGCACCGCUUGAGUUAACAUAUGCGUUGGUUGAAGGCACCACUUGAGUCAUUAUAUAAAGUGAUCAAGUGCAAUACAAGAAAGAAAGAGAAGAAGGAGAAAAGAUAUAAGAUGACUGAGAAUAAUUUGAGUUAAUCUUCUUCUUUCCCAUAACAAGUUUCUGAAGGAAAACUCAAAGUAAAGUUUGCUAGGGUUUUGAUACGGGUGUGUUGUACGGAGAUCGAUAGUUGUAUCCUCAAGAUAGACGCCAACGCCAACGUAACUACACACACCAUUGUAGGGGCAAAAUUCUGUUUUAGGAGAUUGCUUAGGCAAACCUCUAUCAAACCACAAACCGUUAAGUUGUGAGAAGAAGAAACAUAAUUAUCUCGUAACUUUUUAUAAGGGUUAAUAAAUCAAGUAAGAUUUAUAAGAGUUUAUAAACUCAAAAUAUUGAGUACAUAAGAUUGAUUUACAUAUGUACUUUGGAUUAAUACUCUUUU